CUGGCUAAACAAGUGGAGUUGUCAGAGAGGCAAGUGGAACGCUGGUUAUGUCUCAGACGUUCACAGGAUAAACCUUCAACAUUAACAAAGUUUUGUGAGACAUGGUGUCAGUGCUUAUACUAUACAUUCUCAUUCUCAUAUGGUGUAUUCUGCUUAUGGGAAAAGCCAUGGUUAUGCGACAUUAACCAUAGUUGGUAUGGUUAUCCUCACCAGAUGCUGAUUGUGAAAAUUCUCAAUUCCACCUGUGAACUGUGGUUCAUCCGUAAAUAUCACCAAGGCAGUGGUGGAGAUAUUGACCAACACACAUUAUCAGAAGACAGAAGGGUGUGGAAAAAGGAAAUAAUUGUUCAUCUGAUAUCAUGCCCAUCCUCAUAAAAAUGUAAGAAUUUAAUACCUGAGGGUUUGCCUGCCACAGUAUAAAGUAUGGACGCCAUGUCCAGUCUGAUGUUCACACGUGGGAAGACUCGAAUGGUAGCAAACGUUACUAGUGGCUGCGUGUUUGAGUCGCUUCUUCAUUGAUGUAUGCUGGUAGCCAGGGUCCAUGAUUAGCCUACACUAAAUCGUGUAUUCCUGUUUAAGUUACUGGACUGUAACAGGGCUGGACUGGUGGGCAUGUAGUUGUAGCUAGUGUAGAACGUGUAGUUCUCACCAGUAUUGUGGUAUAAUGUAGUUGUGAGUACUGUAGUUCAGUAGUUUUAGUCAUUGCUGUGGUAUGCUGUAGUUAAUUGUAUAGUACUGCAUUAUGUUUGGAGAUGGUACAUGGAUGGUACUGGCCCUUGAGACUGGGUUACAUCCUGACAUCUUUAGAGAAAUUGGAUUUAGUGUAAGUCUGUCUGAGAACCUAGCUACCAGUGUACAUCAGCAAAGCAUAACCAUUGACACACACGUACUGGGACUGCUGCUUCAUUCCACAUUAUCCAUGUUAAAUGAAGCUGAUCAUGACCAAAUACAUGAUGAGAACACCUGAUCACCUAAUGUUCUCCAGGUUCAUCAGAAUGGAUGCAGACAUUUCUGUGAAGCACUGGUAAUCGAUCGCGCACUGACGUGGGGGUUUGUCCAAGGAGGCAUUUAGAUGGGUUGCAGGUGGGUUGGAAGUUGAACAUGUGAAUCGGUGGUUUUGUUGCCUUCUGCUCGAUGCAGUCUUUCUGAACCAGUGUGACAAGACAUUGAAUUGUUUGAUUUUAUGCAUUUAACGAAAUGUGGUAACAUUGAGUCUAGUAUCUCAUGGAUGUAUGCUGCUGUUUGUUAAAAUGUUUCUGUCUGGAUAUGCCUAUGCAUAUCUUGGUGCCCAAGUUUUAAUGACACUGAUAUGAAAGGUAAGUGAAAUACCAUGUAAUUCUUAUUUGGAGGUCAGUGUUUGCUGUAAGGAUGCAUGUACUAUUAUGUACCAUUUGGAUUGAAAUAAAGGCGUAAAGCCCAUCCCAGUUUUCACACUGUGUAUUUUGUAAUAGUUUCUGGACUUUUGUUGAUU